AUGUUAUGUAAGAAUAAUCAUCAUUGCGAAUUUUGCAGGUAUGGCUCAUUUAACGAGCUUGGUGAAGGACUAGUAAAAUAUCUGAAGCUUUCGGAUAAAAUACUGCAAAUCGGUUGUGGUAAUUCGAUCCUUGCCAGUCAACUUCACGACAACGGGUAUAAGCAUAUUUUGAGUAUAGAUACAAACGAAAAAGUCAUAGCUAACCAGAUUAGAGAUAAUGCCAGAAGAGAUGGAUUAUCGUUUCAGUGCACCUCUGGAUCAGAAACUAAUCUAGAGCCUGAAAGCAUUAACGUUGUUUUGGAUAAGGGAACUCUCGAUGCAUUACUCCCUCCAAGCUGCAGCGAAGAACACUGUUCUGAAGUGGAAAAGAUGUUUGAAGAAGUUGACAGGAUUUUGGCUCCAUCUGGACGUUAUAUGAUCGUUACAUUAGCGCAAUCACAUAUUCUUCGGAAAUUUGUUGAAAGCUUCUCUAAGAAUAAGCGGUUCAUGAUUCGAGUGCAAAAAUUCCCAAGUAACGGUGAUUUUUUGAUGCCAGUUUUCCUAUUGAUUGCGACAAAAACUCGUAUGGCUCUACCAUCUUUGGUACUCGAGUUUUCAAAUUCUUUGAACGAAAAGCCACGACGAUGUUCCUCCAGCGAUACAUUGUAUUCGUGUGUCAAAGCAGAACAAGAGUACGCUUGGAAACUGUUGGAGGAAAUUAGCUUAGUGAUGUGUGACACAGAGGGAAAUGAAAAAUACAAAAUAGUAAUCGUCGAUGAUACUGAUGCUGUGAAAAUCUCCUCGUACUCAGUUUUCGUUGUUCCAACUGGAAGAGAUAAUGAGUGGCUUUUUGCCACCGUGAAAGGUCGACGUUUUCUUCGAGCUAAGUGUGGCGUCGACCGCUUGGCCAUUGUUUGCGUACACCGUAAUCAAACUUAUGACAAUUUUGAAAGUGUUAAGAAAGAUUUAGACACUUUUAUAUGGCAUUUUAAUGCAGAGGUUGGAAAAGAGACGAAUGACAAGAUCUCAUAUCUUACAAUAGAUGGCGGCACUCCUGUUCAUGUCGUGGCAAAAGGAGAGACAAAUGUAAAUGGUCCUUGGAUUGUCGAAGAAGUCGUUACUAACCAGAAAAUGUAUAGACGCUUAACUUUCCUUUCCUCGCAAAAUCUCUUACAAACAGAAGUACUAGUGAACAUUAAUAAGAAAGGACGGAAGGUUGUAGAUUUGGAUGUUCUGACUAGUGAAUAUCAUGAAACGAUGCUUGCAGCUCUUGCUUUUCUUCCCAAAAUUUCUGAAAUGUCGAAAGGAAGAUUACCCUCUCUAAGGAUCGCAGUCCUAGGAUUAGGUGGAGGUGCUUUACCAUCUUUUCUCUGCCGGAACUUUCCUACAUUUCAUGUGGUAGCAGUAGAAUACGACAGUCAAGUGGUGGAGAUAGCUAAAAAAUAUUUUGGUUUGAUAGUUGGACGUGGAGGUGUCGAUGUUAAAGUUGCUGAUGCGAUCGAGUUUCUGAAGAGUAUAACUGAAAAUCAAGAAGGUUUUUUAGAUACUAGCCAACUAUUUGAUGUUAUUUUUGUUGACGUAGCAGGCGCGAUGGACCAACAGGGAAUGUGCUGUCCUCCAUCAACUUUUGUAACUGAGGAAGCUUUAUUUCUCAUAAAAAAUUCACUGUCAGCUUCGGGUAGGUUUUUAACUCGUCUCCUCUUAAAACGAUUCAAGUUUUUGGGAGUUAUUAUAGAAACUUCCGUCUUUAUUUUUAAUUAG